GGUCGCGGGGGCCCCAUGGCGGCCGGCAGCAUCACCACGCUGCCCGCGCUGCCCGAGGACGGCGGCGCCGCCUUCCCACCUGGACACUUCAAGGACCCCAAGCGGCUCUACUGCAAGAACGGCGGCUUCUUCCUGCGCAUCCACCCCGACGGCCGUGUGGACGGCGUCCGAGAGAAGAGUGACCCUCACGUCAAACUCCAACUUCAAGCAGAAGAGAGAGGAGUUGUGUCCAUCAAGGGAGUAUGUGCCAAUCGCUACCUUGCAAUGAAGGAAGACGGAAGGUUACUGGCUUCUAAAUAUGUUACAGAAGAGUGUUUCUUUUUUGAACGAUUAGAAUCUAAUAACUACAACACUUACCGGUCAAGAAAAUACUCCAGUUGGUAUGUGGCACUGAAACGAACGGGGCAGUAUAAACUUGGAUCCAAAACAGGCCCUGGACAGAAAGCUAUACUGUUUCUUCCAAUGUCUGCUAAGAGCUGAUUUUAAUAGCAGCAUCUAAUCUCAUUUCAUAAGAAAGAAGAAGCGUUAUUUUCAAAAUUUGCUAAUGAGAAAAAAUAUGUAAUAGUAAGAUACUUAACCAUUACCUCAGUAAAGACAAAAAUAUUUAGAGAAGUAUACGACUUCCCUCUUUUACAUAGCUUCUGUUCUUACCCAGUGAGGAUGACUCAUAGCUAGUCUUUUUCAUUUAUUUGCUUCAUUUAAAAUAUGUACAUUUAAGCAGGGCAUGGUGGCACAUGCCUUUAAUCCAAGCACUUGGGUUGCAGAGGUAGAAGAAUCACCAUGAGUU